UGAAAAUGGAAAAAGGACAGAAUAACUUGAAAAUCAAUGUUGAUCCUAUAUUAGACCAGUUUGAAUGUCUAGUGUGCAUGAAUCAUUUUAGGACUCCUCAUAUCACUAAAUGUGGACAUUCUUUCUGUCAGGAUUGUAUCUUUGAGUGCCUGAAUUUGAAGAAACAGUGCCCUCAUUGUAAUGAGGGGUGCCAACCUGAGGAAGUCAUCCGGAACUACCAGCUAGAGGACCUACUAAACCAACUUAAUGAAGCCAAGAAGGCUGAGUCUGAGAAAUAUUUUGAUAAGAUUGCUAACAACGAGGAUGAUGAAGCAGGAAUUGUCAAGGAUAAGAGUCCGAUCGAGACUGUGUUCCUGCUAAAUUUGAGAGAAGGCUUAUUGAAAUAUCAGAAAUACUACCAAACUUUGUUGGACGAGAAGUCCAAGCUGAUCGAAGAUAUUGACAAGAAGUUCGCCAUUAAGCUCAUGGAAGAGGGUGAAGCCUUCCAAGCGACUCUCGAGUCUGAAAAGCAGCAAAGUAUCACUGAAUGAGAGGGGAAAUUUAGAGAGGUCAUUGACAUGCUUGUUCAGAACUACUCGAACGCAGUAGGGUCUGCUAUUCCUGAGCCUGAGGCACUUCCAGUCAGAGUGACUGUAAAAGUCAGCAACAAGAAUAUUUCUUUCAAGGAGAUCUCUAUGAAGUCUUAUGAUUGCAUGAAUGAUAUUAAGAGAAUAGUCAUUGAUCGAUUCAAGGAUAUGAAUGAUCCUGUUGAGGAAUGGGGAAACGACGUUCAGAUUUACAUCAGAGGCCCUCUAGUUGUUAGGAAGAGAGAAGAAGACAAAAAUGAGUGGGAUAUAGAUGAAGGAAUGGACCCAGACAAAGUCCUUGGCAAGACUAUGAAAGUCAAUAACAUGCUCACUACUAGAGAAAAACUUGGUAUUCAGAAUGGAUCUACUAUUGAGAUUUAUGGGACUAUUAAGUUGAAAUCUGAUAUGCCAAAGAAGUGUAUGAAAGUCGAUUUUGUUAAAGGACAAGGAGAGAAAUAUGAUUAUUUCAAGUGUAACACUUGUAACCUAAAAUGGCUUUGUGAGGCAUGCAGUGAAUGAUGUCAUAUAAGCCAAGGACAUGAAAUAGUCCCAUUCUUAGUAGACCAUACUCCCGACUGGGCUUGCUGCUAUUGAGUCAAGAAAAAGAAAUGUUUUAUUCGUCAAUAACCUUUAAUUUCAACAAUUUUUUUCAAAAA